ACAAAGAUGGAGGCGCGAUGUGACAGUUAGAAUUUAAUUUUUCAACUCGACAUUGCGUUCAACUGAAGAUGGACGCGCCGGAUAUAUCUGAACAGAGCGCAGAGAAACGCGUCAGCAUCAGCGGAUCCGAGCUGGUGGAAAAUUACACGGUUUACAUUAUAGAAGUAAAGACUGGAGACCACAGUUGGACAAUCAAGCAUCGCUACAGCGACUUUCAUGAUUUGCACGAAAAACUCACUGCGGAGAAAAAGAUCGGUAAACAUCUGUUGCCACCCAAGAAGAUCAUUGGCAAGAAUUCCAAAAGCCUUGUUGAGAAGAGACAGAAGGAGCUGGAAGUUUAUAUCCAAACUCUCCUCAGCAGAUUCCCUACAGCGACCCCUAAAGUCUUGUCCAACUUCCUGAAUUUCCACUUAUAUGAAAUCAAUGGAAUUGCGGCUGCCCUUGCAGAAGAGCUGUUUCAUAAGGGUGAGCGGUUGUUAGCUGCAGAUAAGGUGUUUCUCCUGAGACCCCUGCAGCUGUACGCCAUCACCCAGCAGCUGAAACUCGCCAAGCCUACCUGUGCCAACGGAGACACCAAAGCCGACCUGGGCCACAUCCUGGACUUCACCUGCCGCCUCAAGUAUCUUAAGAUCCCUGGAUCGAAUAGAACGGUGGGAACGAGUAACAUUGACGAGCAGAGCCUUCCUUUCGACCUGUCCAUCUUUAAAGCACUGCUCCAGAUAGAGAUCAGCAAUUGUGAUGCUGGACAGAUCAAAGGUCUGCCCUCUCUGAAACCCACUCUGGACACACUCAGCAUACACCUCUCGGCCAAUAGUAUGAAGGAAAUCUUAGUUCCGGAAGCGUCUGAAUUUGCACAGUGGGUGCCUGAGGGUGUAGAUACAGACUGUCCCUUCACAGCGAUUAUUCCCACAUGGAAGAUGCUCACCACUCUUGACAUGAGCCGAAACUUCAUACACUGCAUAGAUGAGUCAGUGAAACUGAUCCGUAAAGUUGAAUUCCUUGAUCUUAGCUACAACGAGUUGUCUGUAGUGGAACACCUUCAGCAUUUGUACAACUUGGUUCAUCUGGAUCUGUCCUUCAACAAACUCAAUGUCCUGGAGGGUGUUCACACUAAACUCGGCAAUAUCAAGACUUUGAAUCUGGCUGGGAAUCAGCUGGAAACGCUCUCCGGUCUCAGUAAACUUUACUCGUUAGUAAACUUGGACUUAAGCAGCAACAAAUUAGCCCAGCUGGAUGAAAUUAAACACAUUAGCACUCUUCCCUGUCUGGAAAAACUGACUCUGGCCAAUUGCCCCAUGUGUAUCAUCCCAGACUACAGAACUAAAGUUCUGGCCCAGUUCUGUGACCGGGCCUCUGAGGUGUGUUUGGAUGGUACAACCACCACAGAGAAAGAGCUGGACACUGUGGAAGUCCUAAAAGCCAUUCAGAAAGCUAAAGAGGCCAAAGUCCGAAUGGCAAACAAUGAUAAAAAGGUGAGUAACGUCUCAGGGCAGGCCACGGGUGGGCCACAAUCGUCCUCCUCAUCUUCUCUCGUCGUGCCGCCGUCCUCUUCCUCCCCCUAUCGGUCCCAUUCCAACUGCUCCAGUCAAGAAAUAACUUGUAUAGAGAAAGCUUUUGUUACCAAAGAGAUAUUAACUCCUGUGGAUUCUACGCUUAACCAGAGAUGCUAUGAUGUUUAUAGCCCACCCUGUGAGGUUAUCUUGCAGGUGCAAACUCAAAUUGAUUCAUGUUUGUCUUCUGGUGUCCCAUGUGAGAGCGGCAGAUACUCUGGGUUGCUAUUUCCUAGUGUUGCUCAGGAAGUCCCGAUGCCCCAUUUGACCCUGUCUCUGCUGAACCCUGUCAAAUCCCUCAUUCUGUCCUCUUACCUACUUUUCCUCUCGUCUUCUUCCAUGACACAUCGCAGAGGCAAGUCCCUUUUACAUUUCGCUUGGAAAUGAAUCAAAUUGUGUGGGAACCCUAUAAAUAGAUCAUUUUUGUCUCGUCAUGUUUUAAAAUCAGAUAUUUAUUCACAUAAACUUUUUCAUCUCCAUCUAUCUAUAGCGUGAACACUGGUUUGUCUCUUGGGUUACUCUGUAGUUCUGUUGUGGUCAUCGCACUGUAUUCCUCGAUUUGUCUUUCCGGUGGACCCCUCUCUACCCCGGGUCUGUGCACGCUCUUGGCCUCCAUACGCUUUUUUAAUUACUUUGACUUGUUUCAGUUUGGCAGCUGCUUUGUUUUCAAAAGGCAAAUGUCUGAAUGAUUUUCCACUUUGUUUUGAUGUCCUAUGCUAUCAGAACCUUGUUUUUACAGGAUUUCCUAGACUUGAAUGUAUCACACUGUGGUGGUGGGGGCAUGGUUGUGCGCCGGCUUGUGAAUGGAGAGCAAGAUCAGGAGAUGAGAACUGUUUGUCAUUGCAGUGAGGGUUGGAGAUUUAGGAGUGAGCCAGAUGAACAUACCUUAUGAGUUGGAUUCGCAGUCUCCUGCUUCCUUCUAGAUUCAGCACCAGUGUAUCAAGGUUCAGGAAAGGAGGAAGCGGGAAUCGGAUUAACAAUUAACAAGACUUUAAUCGACACACAUGCUGAACUGAAACAUAACAACAGAUGUCGACACAGCUCCGCGUGUCUCUCUCUGUCGCUCCCUCUGGUGGCUCCGGCUCCUCCUUUAUCUCUCUCCCACUGAUUGGGCAACUCGGUGCCAGGCUUGCAUCCUCAUGACCCGGCCAUGCCCUCCUCCUCGUCACACACACCUAACUAUUGAAGUCUGUAACAUGAAAUGAUAGUUUACCUUCGCUAGAGCAUAGAGUAUUUUGUCUAAUGCCUGCUAUAUUAUUUGAUGAAUAAACUGUGACCCAGACUAUGUCCAUGUCUAAACCUGAAGCUGAAUUCUCAUUGUUGGUGUACAGAUGGAGAAUGAAGAGCUUAAACGCAUUCUGUAGACAUCAGUGCUCUUCUAUAAAUCUCCUGAUGUAAAGACCACCGCUUGUGUCCUACUGUCCACCAAAGCCAUAUAUUUCAUCCUGGACGAUACCGCGUCCACACUCACCAACCAAUCCAUGAUGUGGACCUGGCAGCCAUCCGAGCACAAGGACACCGAUUUCCUCAUCUCCUUCUGUUUUACACUAAAGCUGAAGGACCUUCGGUGUGUGAGUUGGGGCCCUCAGCUGAUCACAUAAUUUCCUCUGUGACCCGUGACGGUUACGGUACACAUCGGUUCCUCCAGUAGCUGAUGAUGGUUUUGUCUCUGCUGGAGAAAAUGGCCUCACCUGAACCCUCUGAGCUGGACUUCAACUCACAGUUUGGAAACAAAAGCACAGGUAAAAUGGAGAACUACGAACUGGUCCACUCCAGCAAAGUGAAGUUUGUGUACCCAAGCGAGGAAGAGAUCAGCGACCUCACGAUCAUCGUAGUGGAAAGGAAGCGCGCUCAAGCUCUAACGCACUCCUUCAGCAUUCUUCUGUAUGUGCUAGUCUUCCUGGUCCAUGUUGUUCUGGGACAAAACUCCCAAAACCGGAGCCUUCUACAGCCCAAAACUCUCAUUCUCACUAGCACAGAGGGCUUUUUAUUGGACGAAGACCACAUCAGCUACCCCCUGCCUGAAUUCACAAAAGAACCGGCACAAAGAGACAAGUACCGCCUCACGGACGCCCAGUGCAUGCGCGACCUGGACCGUGUGCUAAUUGGCUACCAGACUUACCCACAAGCCCUCACGCUGGUGUUCGACGAAGUUCCAGGUCCCGAUCUUUUGUGCCACCUCACCAUGGACCAUUUUGAGGACAGCGUCAGGAAGGGCGAUCGGACGCAGGGUGUUGUAGGGGCCGAGGGUGACGUGCAGUGGUGUAUCUUUGUACCAGAAGCGGACAGCAGAGAACGGCUUAUACCGCUUCUGUCUCGCCAGUGGGAGGCGCUGUGUAGCCGAGUAGAGCUAACGGGAUGAAAUGCGAAUAACUACUUUUCGUUACGGAAUUAAAUUGUAAAACAUGAUUUUCACCCAUCUGCGACAAACUUUUGUAUUUGCUUUUGUGUUAUUUCAUCAAAAUGCAUCCUGGGAAAGCUGUACUGUAGAGUCCACACUAUAUUUACUCUACCUUUUACGCACUUUUGAUUUUGCUCACUUUUUUAUCGUUUCAUCACAAUGCAUCCUGGUAAGUUAUAUUGUAGAGUCCACACGAGUGUAAUAUUUAUAUACUGUGUUAUUUUGUCUCAGGCUUCAAAUUUCUUUUUUUUUGCUGCUUUUCAGCCAUAUUUAUCUGCUGCUGUGUACAAUCGGCCAAGUAUCAUGAAAUGUGAGAUGUCUGUUAAACAGUUUUGUGCAACAGUGUUAUCAUUUUAAUUUUAAGUAAACGUGUUAUUUCACUGCAACAAAAUGGUUUUGUAAUUUGAGGAGUUUUAGUGAAGGGAAAGAUGCACGGUCUUUAAUUGUUUUUACGUAAAUGCUGUUUUAAGGUUUAGAAACUCCAAAUUGAAUCAGUGGGUUUACUUGCACAGAUUUUGUUAUACAAAUGAAAAUCCACCGAGCACGUUUACAGAAUGUUUUCAUUAAUACAGAAUAUUAAUGUUGAAUAACAGAAUGUUAUUCAACAUGGGAAUUCAGAUUAAAUAUGCACUUUGAAUUUUUAAGAAAAUAAAUGUUAGAAAAUCAGUUUCCUCUCAUCAACUUGUUUAUUUGUUCUUGAUUUAAAAUCCAAACAUUUAGUUUCAGUUUUCUAAUAACACUAAAUCCUUAAACGGUACAUAGGAAAUCCUAAAAAUAUCUUGAGAGAUAAAUAUUCAAAGUAGGCCAUGCAUGUGACUACCUCAGAAAUAGACACAUUUUUGAUUUGCAUGCUUGCAUAAAAAAAAUGUACAUUUUUAAUAUUACAAAAUUAUAAAGUUUAUAUUGACAUUUAUGGGUAAAUCUCACCUGUCACAAACAUGUCCAGAUUUCACCCCAAAAUGAAAAGAAAAAAUAAUAAGAAAACCUAUUUUGAACUGAGAAAAA